ACUGCCGUGGCUUCAAGCGGGAUCCUUUUCCUAGAAGAAGGCUCGCGUUUCUCUUUGCAGCCACUGGACACGGUCUCACUUCAUAAGUUUAACAAGAUACUGGACAAGUAUUAUAAGUCAUCUGCAACUUGUACUGAAGUUAGGGUUUGGAUGGACGCGAAUGAGCAAUAUAAGGCCUUUGCGGAUAGUGCUUCAGAAGACUGGAUGCAAGACGGCACAUAG